ACUGGUUACUGUGGGUGCAGAUCAUUGUUCCAGAGGAGAGCCUGACGACCCCAACCUCUGUCUCUUAAGGUGUCCUUGAGAGAAUAGCAGGGAGUGGAAGAGAAGGAGGAAAGAAGAUUAAGAACAAUACAUGAGUUUUGGACUUUCCAUCCCAGGGUCAGGAUGCUGCCCCUCUGUCAUGCCCUAGCGGUAGCUGUUCUCCAGGUCUUUAUCUUCUCAGAAAACUGGGCAUUUGCCAAGAACAUCAACUUCUAUAAUGUGAGGCCGCCUCUUGACCCUACACCAUUUCCAAAUAGCUUCAAAUGUUUUACCUGUGAAAAUGCAGGGGAUAAUUAUAACUGCAACCGAUGGGCAGAAGACAAAUGGUGUCCACAAAAUACACAGUACUGUUUGACAGUUCAUCACUUCACCAGUCAUGGAAGAAGUACAUCUAUCACCAAAAAGUGUGCCUCCAGAAGUGAAUGUCAUUUUGUGGGCUGCCACCACAGCCGAGAUUCUGAGCACACGGAGUGUAGGUCUUGCUGUGAAGGAAUGAUCUGCAAUGUGGAGUUACCCACCAACCACACUAAUGCUGUCUUCGCCAUAAUGCACACUCAGAGGACGUCUGGCAGUGGUGCCCUCACACUCUCCCUAAGGUUGCUUGCCGGCGUCUCCAUGCUCCUGUGGCUAUGACAGCGUUUCUAGGCAAGGCAGAGACCAGUCCUAUGAAGCACAAGCUAAAAACUGUGUGAACAAUGAACUUCUGAGUGAAGAUGUAUCUUGCACAUGGUGAAGCGUGCACAUUGGACCCCACAGCAAAGAGCCAGUUGUUUGCACAGCAAAAAUGCUCUGCAUGAGGCCACAAGAUUGAGGAAGGGGAUUUGGCAGGCUGACGAGAUUAUCUGGCACCAGUUUCCCAUUCAAAUGGGCUGCACUUUGUUACUUCCACAGGAGGGGUCCAACGGCAUCUAUGAGGGGCGAUUGCAAUAGCCUAGCUGUCCCUGCCUGACCAGGACUUUAGCUGGAAGGACUCCCUGACCUCACUGAGUGUCUGAGAUCUAAUCUUUUACCCAAUGAGAAACCAGCUUCCCCACCAACCAGAUAAUCCAUGGGAAAGACAGCUAUAGGAAGAAAAUUCCUGUUGAACCAAUAUGAAAUCCACUUGCUGAUUGUAGGGAGAAAUAAAGCUUUUAAAUUAUAUAAUUAAGACACAUGCUUGUUUGUUUCAGAGCUCAGAACACAUUUCCAGUGUCAUAAAGGAGGUCACUAAAGUUUUGUGGGUGAUAUAUUCUGGCUUAAAGUAUAAACUUCAUGCCAAGGUAACUUAGAUUUUUUUCUCUGGGGGGAAGUACACUAAACUGGAGAAGAAAAACAUGGCCAGUGUUGGUGACCAGAAGGCCUAGUGUACAAUGCCUAACUUUUGAGUUCUCCCAGUGAAAGUCUUAGGCACUGUAAGGACUCCAAUAUAAGGUGUCUCCAAUAUAAUUU